AUGUACGGAUUCGAGAUCCUGAAGGACUACAAAGAUGCCCUUCGACUUGACAAGCUCCACGGCAACACCAAAUGGCAGGAUGCCACUAAAGUCGAGAUGGAUCAGCUUGCCAAGUACAAGGUCUUCAUUGAUUUGGGGAGGGGAACCCCAAUACCAAAAGGAUACCAAAAGAUUCGAGUCCACUUAGUUUAUGCCUGCAAGCAUGAUGACAGACAUAAAGCAAGACUCAUAGCCGACGGACACCUGACCGAUGUACCACUGGAUAGUGUCUACUCUGGUGUUGUUUCAAUUCAAGGCUUGAAGAUGAUGAUUUUUCUAGCUGAACUGAAUGGACUGGAACUAUGGGCUACCGAUAUUGGUAAUGCCUACCUCAAAGCCUACACUAAGGAGAAGGUAGCAAGUAUAGCCGGACCAGAGUUUGGACCACUUCAAGGCCACACUCUUAUUGUGUCAAGAGCUUUGUACGGAUUACGUUUGAGCGGAAAAAUGUGGCAUCAGAGGUUUUCAGCAUGUCUAGAGGAAGAAGGAUUCUUUCCUUGCAAGGCAGAGCCAGAUAUUUGGAUGAGGCCAACUACUGACGGGUCCUCUUACGAGUAUGUGGGAGUGUAUGUUGACGACCUAGCAAUGGCAAUGAAAGACCCACAAGCUUUUGUAGACAAACUGAUCAAAGUCUACAAGUUCAAGCUGAAGGGCACAGGACCACUUGAGUUCCACCUUGGAUGUGACUUCUACAGGGACAAGCAUGGGGUACUUUGCAUGCACCCAAAGAAGUACAUUGACCGCAUGGUAGAUAGCUACCAACGCAUGUUUGGUCAAAGGCCAAAGACCAACGUGUGGUCACCGUUGGAGAAGGGAGAUCAUCCAGAAUGCGAUACAUCCGAGUUACUUGACUCUGAAGGAGUCACUCAGUAUCAAUCGUUGGUUGGUCAGUUCCAAUGGGCAGUCUCUUUAGGAAGACUGGAUGUCACUACCGCGGUAAUGACUCUGUCGAGUUUUAGAUCAGCACCCAGAGUUGGUCAUUUGAACCGUGCAAAGCGGGUUUGUGGCUAUCUAGUAAAGUUCAAGGAAGCUUGUAUCCGUUUCCGCACUGGACUACCCGAUUACAGUGAUGUCCCAGAACCUGUAUUUGAUUGGGCCGACUCUGUAUAUGGCUGCCGGUCGGUUACGGGUAUCAUUCACAUGAUGAAUGGGACUCCAAUCGAUUUCUUUUCAAAGAAGCAGUCAACCGUUGAGACUGCUACUUAUGGUUCUGAGUUUGUGGCUGCCCGAACCUGUGUUGAACAGAUUAUGGACCUUCGGCAGACCCUGAGGUACCUUGGUGUGCCAGUCAAAGGUCGAAGCUACAUGUUUGGCGAUAAUGAAUCUGUUGUGAACAGUUCUUCCCGACCUGAAGCAAAACUACACAAGCGACAUGUUGCAUUAUCAUUCCACCGUGUGAGAGAAGCAGUAGCAUCCAACAUGUUAUCGUUUAUCCACAUUGACGGUGUUCUCAACCCUGCUGAUAUUCUCAGCAAGCAUUGGGGCCAUCAGCAAAUUUGGCCAUUAUUACGGACUCUAAUGUUCUGGUCUGGUGAUACUGCUGAUCAAGAGGAAUAG